CGGGAGGGGGCGGAAGAGCGCUCUCGGCUCCUUCUCGCCCUGCUGUCUGUCGAGCGGCAGCGGCGGCGGGGGACACCCGGCUCGGGAGCCAUGCAGGCGGCGGCCGCCGAGCGCUAGCCCGCCCUCGCCUCUCCAGCAGCAGCAGCAGCAGCGGCGCGGGCGCUCCCCUGGUUGGCCGCCGAGCCGAGCUCGCCCUCGCCAUGGGCAACGAGGCCAGCCUGGAGGGCGGCGAGGGCUGGGCCGGGCUGCCCGAAGGCGUGGCCGGCGCGGCGGACGGCGGCUCUCCGCGGCAGCAGGGCCCCCCUUCCGGGGCCGCGGCGGCGGAGCUGAGCCGGCUGAGCGAGGACGAGAGGAGGCAGAUCGCGGCCGUCGUGUCAAGGGCGCAGCAGGGGCUGCCCGAGGGCGACGCGGCGGCCCAGAGGCUCCCUCAGCAAAGACAUGCUCCGCUUGACAGCAGCCAACAUCCAAAGCAACUAGGCAAGCCUCCAGGUGCUGGGGCCCCUACUCUUAGCAAAAGCAGGACAGUAGAUACCUUGAAAACAGAGCAGCGCUUGCCUGGGAAGAGCCCGUCCUCUACAAGUUUGAGACAGUCUAAAUCAAGAACUGAUUUUAAAGACGACCAGAAGCCAAGUAUGAUGCCCAGCUUCCUCUCGGAUGCCAACCCAUUUGGCGCAGUCACGUCAGUUGUAAACAAAUUCAACCCCUUUGAUUUGAUUUCGGACUCAGACCCAGCUCAGGAAGAGGCCUCAAAGAAACCGAAGCCUGCACAAAAGGAGCAGGAUAGGCCUGAGCCGCAAAAGGGACCCACCAAGCAACCAGCACAACAACAAUCUCCAAAGGCAACAGCUCCACAACAGGGGGCUGACAAACCAGCCCCGCAGAAAACAGGACCUUCCAAACCGGCACCGCAGCAGCAGCAGCAGCAGCCACAGCCACCUGGGGUGCCUAAGCAGGCUCAGAAACCAGGGCCUGGCCAAGCAAAAGGCCCACAGGCAGAAGCAGCAAAACAGCAGCCAGGGCCACCAAAAGCUCAGUCACAGCAGCCAGAGCCUACAAAGCCUGUUCAGCAGCAGAGCUCUGUAAAACCCUCACCGGGAGCAGCGAAAGCACCCUCACAGCCCCCUGAUGGUGCUAAAACAUCUUCCCAGGCGCCUUCUCCUGCCAAGCCAGCUACCCAGCAAGGGACACCACCCAGCAAGCAGCCGUCUCAGCAGCCAGGAGGGCCAGCAAAGGCUGCCCCCCAGGCAGCAGGCCCCACAAAGGAAGCUUCGAAGGCACCAGUUCAGCCAACUGGGCCUGCAAAGCCACCACAGCAGCAGGCAGGACCUACAAAACCUACCGGCCAACAGCCGGGACCUGAGAAACCGUCCCAACAGCAACAAGCUGCUUCAUCUCAGCCUGGUGGAUCAGCUCCAAAGAAAACCUUUUGCCCGCUUUGCACUACCACUGAAUUGCUUCUGCACACUCCUGAGAAGGCCAAUUACAAUACAUGUACUCAGUGUCAAACUGUAGUUUGCAGUCUGUGUGGGUUCAAUCCUAAUCCGCAUAUAACAGAGAUUAAAGAAUGGCUUUGUUUAAACUGCCAGAUGCAGAGAGCUUUAGGUGGCGAUUUGGCUCCAAGUCCUGGCCCUGGACCCCAGCCCUCUGCACCCAAGCAAAAGAUGCCUGCUCCAACUGCAGCAAGCAAACCGGUUUCCCAGCCACAGCAAUCGAUACAGAAGAAAGAUGUUCCUCUAAAACCUGAUGUUACCCAGUCACCUGAACACAAAAAGCCACCAACACAAAUAAAGCAGCCAACCGUGCCCAGUUCUCCUCCUGCAAAACCAAAACUUCCCUCUGCUGAAACUCAGCCAACAGAACUGGCCCCCAAAUCUGACCAGGCCAAGCAGCCAUUGGUUGAAGACAAACAGAAGCAAGCUAGUACUCAGAAACCCACAAGCGAUACUGUGCCUAUACCACCAUCAGAUACCAAACAAGAUUCACCCGGCCCGAAAGCCACACUCGCUCAACAGAAAGUGGCACAGACUCAGAGAUCGGAGCCUGCUAAGUCGUCUCAAGACACACCUCCGUCUGUAGAUAAAGCUGCUCCUCCAGAUUCCAAAACUUCGUCUCAAGUGUCUCGUCAGAAGUCGGAUCCCAAACUUGUUCCUCAGCCUCAACCUGGGUUGGAUUCUAAGGCUCAGAAGGUAGGCGAACCAGGUGAGGUGAAAGAAGACCCUAAGAAAAGGCAACCCCAGGCGGCUCCUAAGCCAGACGCCAAGCAGGCUCCCAAAGGGCAACAAGGCACCACAGGGCCCAAACCCACCCAGGCUCAGCCACAAGCUCAGCAGCCUCCCAAAGCCCCAGAGCAAUCUAGAUUAUUCAGUCUUAACAUAGGAGGCAUCACAGAUGCUCCCAAACCUCAGCCAACAACCCCUCAAGAAAGAGUCACCGGGAAGCUCUUUGGAUUUGGUGCUUCAAUUUUCAACCAGGCUUCCAAUUUAAUCUCUACAGCAGGCCAGCCCGGAGCUCAACCACAGGGUCCUCCAUCUGGGUCCCCCUCAAAGCAGCCGCCUCCUGCAGCACAGCCUCCUGCCCCACAAAAAGAUACCCGUCAAUCCCAGCCAUCUCCCAAAGCAACACCUGUGAAGAAAGAAACAAGGCCUCCUGUGGCAGAAAAACCAGAGCCGCCCAAAGCUGAUGGCGGCUCCGCCGUUAAGGAAACAGACGCUGGGAAGAAGGCUUUGCCUGCCAAAGACAUCAAGCCUCCAGCUGUUGAAGCUAAGCAAAGUGCCGAGGCACCAAAAACGGAGCCUCCUUCGCAGCCAGCGUCUUCUUGUCCUCUCUGUAAAACUGAGCUAAAUGUUGGUUCUAAGGAUCCUCCCAACUAUAAUACGUGUACUGAAUGCCAUAACAUCGUGUGCAAUCUCUGUGGAUUUAACCCAAUGCCGCACAUAACUGAGGUACAAGAAUGGCUGUGCUUAAACUGCCAGACACAAAGAGCAUUAUCAGGACAGCUUGGGGAUAUGGACAAAAUAACACCUCCUGUACUUUCAAAAUCGUCACCCAAGCCAUCAACUGCUCCUCAAAGCCAGGCUAAACUUGUUGAGCAGAAGACUUCAGCUCAAAUGCUGGAAAAGCCAAGAGGAGGAAUGGGAAUUCAGAAGGAAGAUUCAAAACUUCAACAGGGCAAAUUAGCAAAGGCAAUUUCAUCUGAUAAAAUCCAGGAAGGUACACAAAGGGAAGAUUCAAAAGUUCAACAAGAAAAAUUGGCAUCAACUGAUAAAAUUAUUCAAAGCACUUCAAAGGAAGAUUCAAAAAUUCAGAAGGAAAAAUUGGCUGAUCAAAUUCCCAAAGAAGAGCCAAAACUAACCACAAAGCCAUCUGCCGAUAAGAUCUCAGAAGACAUUCAAAAGGAAGAGCCAAAGGAGCUGGGGAAAAUAUCUGAUAAAAUUCAGAAGGAAGCCCCAGAGCUUCAGCAGGUAAAAUUGGGCAAGACUGUAUCAUCUGAGCAAAUUCAGAAGGAAGACCCCAAGAUCCAGCAAGCGAAAUUGACAAAAACACCAUCUGCUGAUCAGAUUCGGAAGGAGGACCCAAGGAUCCAGCAAGUGAAAUUGACAAAAACACCAUCUGCUGAUCAGAUUCGGAAGGAGGACCCAAAGAUCCAGGAAGUGAAAUUGACAAAAACACCAUCUGCUGAUCAGAUUCGGAAGGAGGACCCAAGGAUCCAGCAAGUGAAAUUGACAAAAACACCAUCUGCUGAUCAGAUUCGGAAGGAGGACCCAAGGAUCCAGCAAGUGAAAUUGACAAAAACACCAUCUGCUGAUCAGAUUCGGAAGGAGGACCCAAAGAUCCAACAAGCGAAGUUGGCAAAAACACCAUCUGCUGAUCAGAUUUGGAAGGAGGACCCAAAGAUCCAGCAAGCGAAGUUGGCAAAAACACCAUCUGCUGAUCAGAUCCGGAAGGAAAUCCAAAAGGAAGAUGCAAAGCUUGAGCAAGAAAAGUUGACAAAAGUACCCUCAGAUGAGACAAUUAAAAGAGCCGAUCCAAAAUUCCAGCAAGCAAAACUGGCCAAAGUUCCAUCCGCUGAUCAAAUUCAGCAGGAAAACAGAGCUUUAUCUCAGGGGGAGAUGGUGAAGACAGCCUCUGCUGAGCAGAUUCAAAGGGAUGGUGUGGAACUUCAGCAGAUGAUAGGAACACUUCAGAGGGAUCCAGCUUCUUCCAAGUCAAGUAACGAUCAAACACAAUUGGCAGAAACCCUGGAAGGGGACACCAGGUCUCUACCCUCACAAGAGACACCCCCUUUUCCUGAGCCCAAACAUAAACCAGUCAUGGCUGCGGUAGAAGAGCAGUUUUCUGAGGCAAAACUAGAAGCCAAGGUACGAAAAGAAACAGUAAAACAGGAGGAGGUAAAAAAAGAGGAUUCAGUGAUGACUAUUCCAGAAACCAUAUCUAAAGCUCAGAAAUCUCGAAAAGAAGAAAUCUCUGCUCAGCCAGUACCUUUGCCAAAGCCUGAUCACGUGGAAGCACUGAGGGAGAAAGCAGAAAAAGAAGAUGACAAAUCAGACACAUCAAGCUCACAGCAGCAAAAAAGUCCACAAGGUCUAAGUGACACCGGUUACUCAUCUGAUGGGAUCUCAAGUUCACUUGGUGAAAUUCCCAGUCUUAUUCCAAGUGAUGAAAAGGAUGUUUUGAAAGAAACUUGUAUAAAAGAAAGCCUUUCACAUGAAAGCAGCCCAACCAGUCCCUCCGAUCUUGCUAAGCUAGAAAGCACUGUGUUGUCCAUUUUGGAAGCUCAAGCAAGUUCCCUCAUUGAAGAGAAGCCUGGAAAGACCAAAGACCUUUAUGGUGUCUAUAGUCAGCAGGCAAAAGAGCCACAUAGAGCAAAGUCCACACCUGGCACACAGGAAUCUUACAGUUCUGAUGAGGAUUUGGCAAAACCAAAUAUUCAAGAAAAAGAUGGAAGAGAUUCUGCAGAGGUAAGUAAGCAAGGUGCAUCUUCUCGGAAGGGGUACAAGCAGAAGACAGAAGCGACAGAAGAUACAUCAACAAGAAGGCAGCGCUAUGACUCUGUAGAAGAUAGCAGCGAGAGUGAGAAUUCACCUGUCCCACGGAGAAAAAGACGGACCAGCGUUGGGUCUUCCAGCAGUGAUGAAUACAAACCAGAAGACAGUCCAGGGUCAGGUGACGAUGAAGACUUCAUUCGAAAACAGAUCAUGGAGAUGAGUGCUGAUGAAGAUGCGUCAGGUUCUGAAGAUGAUGAAUUCAUAAGAAACCAGCUGAAAGAAAUCUGUACAAGUGAGAGUCAAAAGAAGGAAGAAGUGAAAAGCAAAAAAGCAAUCGCUGGAAAACAUAAGAGGAUGACGCGCAAAAGUAGCACAGGCUAUGAAGAGGAUGCCAGCAGACGCCAUUCCUGGCAUGAUGACGAUGAUGAGACCUUUGAUGAAAGUCCAGAACCAAAAUACAGGGAAACAAAAAGUCAAGAAAGUGAAGAAAUCACUGUAACGGGAGGAGGUCUUCGGCGUUUCAAAACAAUAGAACUUAAUAGCACAAUAGCAAAUAAAUAUUCUGAGGAAUCUGAACAACCAAAGAGAAGUCUGUAUUUUGAUGAAGAACCAGAGUUAGAGAUGGAGAGUCUUACAGAUUCACCAGAGGAUAGGUCAAGGGGAGAAGGAUCUUCAAGUCUGCAUGCCUCCAGUUUCACUCCAGGUACAUCUCCUACAUCUGUGUCAUCCCUUGAUGAAGAUAGUGACAGCAGUCCCAGCCACAAAAAAAUGGGUGGAGAAAGUAAGCAGCAUCGUAAAGCCAGGCAUCGUACGCAUGGUCCUCUUCUUCCAACCAUUGAAGAUUCUUCCGAAGAAGAGGAGCUUCGGGAGGAGGAAGAGUUGCUAAAAGAGCAGGAGAAGCAACGUGAAUUAGAGCAGCAGCAGCAACAGCAACAGCAGCAACAAAGGAAGAGCUCUAGCAAAAAAUCUAAGAAAGACAAGGAUGAGCUCAGAGCCCAGAGAAGAAGAGAACGGCCGAAGACACCACCAAGUAACCUAUCUCCGAUUGAGGAUGCUUCUCCGACAGAAGAAUUGCGUCAGGCAGCAGAAAUGGAGGAACUACAUCGGUCUUCCUGUUCUGAAUAUUCCCCAAGUAUUGAGUCAGAUCCUGAAGCUUUUGAAAUCAGCCCAGAAAAAAUAAUAGAAGUGCAGAAGGUUUACAAAUUACCUACAGCUGUCUCUUUAUAUUCUCCAACGGAAGAGCAGCCUGUUGGGUUUGUCAAAGAAGAGAGCGGUCAAAAGCCUUUAAGAAGUGCUGAAGAGGUAUAUGAAGAAAUCCUGCAUACAUCCCACAAAGCCAAGCCACUUCCAGAUGUAAAUGAAAAAGACGAAGUGUUUGAGAAAGAGCCUUUAUAUGGUGGCAUGCUAAUAGAGGACUAUAUAUAUGAAUCUUUAGUAGAAGAUGCUUAUAGUGGGGCUAUGGAGGCUGGCCUCAUGACAAGGCAAGAAGAGGGUGAUGAAUUUAGCCAACUGAAAGAAAAAACAUCAGCGCCCCCAGAUCAGAUAUAUGGAGAACCUAUGCAAAAGCCUACCAGCUUACAAAAGGACUAUUACAGGAUAGAGUCUUUGCAUUCAGGUAUGCCUCAAGAAGACAUUGUGUCUAGCUCUUACAUCAUGCCAGAAAGUCAUGAGAUAAUCGUACUGGACAGUGUGGCGUCAUCUUCAAGUGACGAAAAACAGCUCUUGGAUGCAGAUGCUGCUUAUGAGGAACUUAUCAGGCGACAACAAAUGCAGUUGACUCCAGGCUCAAGUCCUACCCAGCCAUCUCCUGAAUUAAUUACGGUUUCAGAUACAAAAACAAGCAUAUCCGGAGAGGUAACAGAAAGCACCUCCCUGACGUCAAGCACUAUUUCAUCCAGUUCAGACAUACUUUCAGUAAGCUCUUCGGUGCUUCCUAUUCCGGAUGUCAAAAUUACUCAGCACUUCACAACUGAAGAAAUAGAGGAUGAAUAUCUCACAGAUUACACCCGAGAGAUCGAAGAAAUAAUUUCCCACGAAACAUCCAUAUUGAUGUACUCAGAGGCCUCAGAAAGUGCCACGUCCAUUAUACCAUCGGAUACGUCUUCCCUAACGUCAUCCACCUCUUCAGUUUACACCACUGGUAGUUCUUCACCAGAUGGCGUGAUUUCAGGUUACAUAGAAACAGUGGAUGCUAUUAGCAAGUUUCCAGAUUCCGAAGGGACCAGCUCAGUGACCCAAGUUCCUAUAAGUUCCACAAAAGAGUACUCUGAAGCUGCUAAGGAGACCCUUGCAGAUCAGGUUAUGGUUUCCCUUUCUGAAACUGAAUCCUUUGUAUCAGCCUCUGUAGAAACAAAGCCCAAGCCCUUAGUUUCUGUCUCUGAUGCCAUAGAAACGUUCCUACCACAAGAUGAGAAAGCUAUAAAAGAUGCAGCCAAGUUUGAUGUUAUGAAGGGACUUUAUGAAGACAAACAGGCAAGACCUCCUGUGACCAUAAAAGGAAAAGCUUUAACAGAUGCUACAUCUGACCAGAAAUUUACAUGUACAACUCCAGUAUCCUCCUCUGUCAUGCCUACUGUAUCUGUGUUGCCAUCUGCCAUUUCUUCAGUUCCCCCUGUUACACCCCAAACAUUUUCAUUUUACAAAAGCUCUUCUUUUGAGUCUCCAGCUCAGCCACCCCCACCACCUCCGCCCCCACCUCCUCCACCUCCACCCCCACCUCCUCCACCUAUUCUGCCCAAACCAGCUAUUUAUCCUAAAAAGAAACCCCUGGCUAAGGCUCCAGUGACCACAACUCCCAUCCUAGUACCAUCUGCCAGUGACGUCAAAACAGCGGAAACAACAUCUGCUAUAAAUAUGACUGGACCACCCGUCACUAAAAUGUACACAUCGACACCCCCUCCUGUUCCUCCCAAGCCAGCUUCAAUUCCAGCAGGACUUGUGUUCACUCACAGACCUGCCGAAAUAAUAAAACCCCCUAUUGCUCCCAAACCAACAGUUCCUCAGCUACCGACCACUGUUCACAAACCAGCAGAAACACAGCCAAAACCAGUGGGUUUGUCUUUCACCAGCAGUAUGACUUUGAACUUGGCUUCCCCUGCAGACUAUAAGUUGCCAUCCCCUACUUCCCCACUGUCUCCACAUUCUAAUAAAUCUUCCCCAAGAUUGUCCAAAUCCUCAGGGGAAACCUAUGUUGUUAUCACGUUGCCCUCUGAGCCUGGCACUCCCACAGAGUCUAUUACCAGUCAGGCAAUUACCAGUUGGCCUCCAGGAUCUCCCCCUAAAGAACAGGGUCCACAGAUUGUACAAUCACUAUUCACUCCAACUAUGACUGCUCUGCAAAUGCAAAGCAUAAGUGAUCGAAGCAAAUAUGGUCCAGGAGCUUUGCAAUCUGUUUCCCCUGUUCCUGUCAGUGCACGGUCAGUUUUUGAGAUAGCUCCUAGUUCAGCAACAGACUUAAUAUCAACAGAGGUUGCCAGGACUACAGUGUCUUUGCUCAAAAAUGCUGGAUUAGAUAGUGUUUCCAUAACCAUACCCCCAGAGCCGGCACAUAUCAUUGAACCACCCAGAUAUAGAGAGAACGGGAGAUUCCAUGUCUUUGGUGAUGUCAUUGAUCUUCGCACCUUGACUAAAAUGGAUGUGGAAAGGGCAGGUAGCUGCAUGGACCUAUCUUCUGCUCCCACGGAUGUGAGAAGGCAGAUUAUGGCCAGUGACACUUUGGGUCGUCCAGUAAGCACUGUUCAGCCAGCUAUCAUAAAUCUCAGCGCUGCAUCGACAGCUGGUAUCUCUUUAGCACCAGUCACUGAAACAUUUACAAUAGUGACCUGCACAGCUACUGUAAGCUAUAGUACAAGUACAGAAAGUCUUGUAGAUCUGGGGCAUGCAAUGACAACUCCACUUCAGCUAACAACAGCAAAACAUUUUGAGCCUGGACCUAGAGUAACAGGCGUCCAGGGACUCUCUGCAGACAGAGAUGAGGUGCCAAUAAAUUUGUCCCUAGGUACCCCAGCCACAUGGGGCACUACAAAGCCUGCUAUGGUACCUCCUGUGGGUGUAACCAAUGGUUGGACGGACGUUUCCACUACUCAUGAACCAGUCGAGAGUGAAGUAGUUGAUCUCAGCACCACGAAAUCCCACAGAACCAUGGUGACAGUGGAUGAAACAACUUCGGGAAUUGUUACCACUGUAAUAGAAGAUGAUGAAAAACCUGUGGACUUGACUGCAGGGAGAAGGGCUGUUUGUUGUGAUGUUAUUUACAAGCUACCAUUUGGCAGGAGCUGUACAGCUCAAGCACCCGCCACAACACUACCUGAAGAUCGUUUUGGUUAUAGAGAUGAUCACUAUCAGUAUGACCGCUCAGGGCCCUAUGGUUAUAAAGGAAUAGGAGGUAUGAAACCUUCUAUGUCAGAUACCAAUUUAUCAGAGGCUGGACUUUUUAUGUACAAAAGCAAGAAUACCUUUGAUUACCAAGUUGGGGCAACAGAUGUAGCAGUAGACUUAACUUCUGGCAGAGUAACAACAGGUGAAGUUAUGGAUUACUCAAGCAAGAUUACGGGUCCUUACCCAGAGACUCGGCAAGUAAUUUCUGGCAUUGGGAUCAGUGCACCUCAGUAUUCCCAAGCACGAAUAGUACCAUCCAUAGGAUCCCCUUAUGGCACUGGAAGUGUUUUGAGAUCAUCUAAUGGAGUUGUUUAUUCAUCCGUUGCGACUCCAGUGCCAUCCACAUUUGCUAUCACCACACAACCUGGUUCUAUUUUCAGUACUUCCGUUAGAGACCUAUCUGCUCUUCAGACAGUUGACACAAUGCCCUCAUUAUCAAACUUACAACAUAGCCAGGCACUUCCAAGAUCAUAUGAUUUCUUGACAACUGUAGCCUCUGAGAAAGAGGGUGCAAUUACUGACAUCGACAUUGACCCAGGGUUGCAACCUCUUCCCAUGGAAGCCAUUACUAGUGAGCCAACCAACUUGAUGCCUGUUUUCACUACAGCUUCAGAAGCUUUUGUAGAUAUAAUUGAGGAUGAAGCUACACACCUCAUUGCCCCCGAAGAAGGCAAACAGCAGCACCUUGACUUGGAGCGCGAGCUUCUAGAGCUCGAAAAACUACAUCAGCAGCGUUUUGCAGAGGAGCUUGAGUGGGAGCGUCAAGAAAUUCAGCGGUUCAGAGAGCAAGAGCAAUUCAUGGUUCAGAAGAAGCUUGAGGAGUUGCAUUCUAUGAAGCACCACCUCUUAUAUCAGCAAGAAGAAGAGAGGCAGGCACAGUUCAUGAUGAGGCAGGAAACGUUAGCGCAGCAGCAACUGCACAUUGAACAAAUCCAGCACCUGCAGCAGCAGCUCCACCAGCACUUGGAAGAGCAGAAGAUCCACCAGAUCUAUCAGUACAAUUACGAACCUUCUGGAACUGUGUCUCCACAGACGACCACAGACCAAGUCAUCCUUGAAGGCCAGUACGCUGCUGCCCCCAACGGGCAGUUUUGGGCUGGUGAUGAAGCCACUACCACUGCUUCUGCUGUGCUGGGAAUCGAAAUUCCACAAAGCCAAGCCUGGUACACAGUUCAGUCAGAUGGUGUAACUCAGUACGUUCCCAGGCCUGGCCUGCUAAGCUCUGUCUCAGAGAUGUCUCUUAAAGACGUGGAUGUGAGAGAGGAAAAGCAGUUGAAAAAGAGGAGCUCCAUGCCAAAGCUGCGUGGCCCAUACGAGGAACUUGACGGAGCUCUGGAAGAAGAGCCUAGGUGUCUUAAAAAGAUAGUGGAGAGCGGAGUUCAAACUGACGAUGAGGAUGGUGCGGACAUGGGCUAUGCAGACAGAAGGAGGAGAACAAAAAAGAGUGUGGAUACAAGUGUUCAGACAGACGAUGAGGACCAAGAUGAAUGGGAUCUGACCAACAGGUCAAGAAGGAAAGCCCGUGUGGGGAAAUACGAAGGUACCACUGAGGCAGACAAGCCUAAGCCGUUUCCCCAAGUCGCCAGUAUUGCAGUGCAAACGGUGGCAGAGAUAUCCGUACAAACAGAGCCAGUAGGGACAAUACGGACCCCUUCAGCAAGGGCCCAUCUAGAUGCAAAGAUAGAAAUCGUAAAACACAUUUCAGCUCCAGAAAAGACAUACAAAGGAGGAAGUUUGGGGUGUCAGACAGAAACGGAUUCAGACACCCAAAGCCCCCAAUACCUCACAGCUACCUCCCCUCAGAAAGAUAAAAAGCGCCCAACACCACUAGAAAUAGGUUACUCUUCACACCUCCGGCCAGAACCCACACUUCAGGUAGCCCCUUCCCCUCCCAAAUCUCCCAAAGUACUUUAUUCUCCCAUUUCGCCUGUAUCUCCGGCUGCAGUUAUAGAGUCGGCCUUUGUACCCUAUGAGAAGCCUGUCCCUGAAGACCUUAGUCCUCAGAAGAUUCUGCACUCCGAGGUCCCCAAGAUUCCGCAGCUGAGCCCCAAGUCCGCCAAGGUGAUGCAGCGCUCUUUGUCUGACCCCAAACCGCUGAGCCCAACAGCCGAAGACCCUUCCAGAGCACAUUUCCCGUACACGGAUGGUUUCUUGACUAAAGGAUCUUCAAGUGUAUCAGCAUCAGGAAUGCAAAAGAAGGUCAAGAGGACUCUACCCAACCCACCUCCAGAAGAUGUUGCAGUAGGGACACAAUCUGCCUUCACCACUGUGGGAUCAGUUUCACGCCGGAGGAUCUGUAGAAGCAAUACCAUGGCCAGAGCUAAAAUCCUCCAGGAUAUAGACAGAGAACUGGAUCUGGUAGAAAGAGAGUCAGCCAAGCUUCGGAAAAAGCAAGCAGAGUUAGAUGAGGAAGAGAAAGAAAUAGAUGCAAAACUUCGGUAUCUAGAGAUGGGCAUCAAUCGGCGGAAAGAGGCAUUGCUAAAAGAACGAGAAAAGAGGGAGCGUGCCUAUCUUCAAGGUGUAGCAGAGGAACGCGACUAUAUGUCUGACAGUGAGGUUAGCAGCACCAGGCCCACGAGAAUAGAAUCUCAGCAUGGCUUGGAAAGGCCAAGGACUGCACCCCAAACAGAAUUUGACCAGUUUAUCCCCCCACAAACCCAACCAGAAACGCAGUUUGCAACUCCUACGAGUCCUUAUACUCAGUAUCAGUACUCUUCGCCUGCCCUUCCCACUCAAGCACCAACUCAGUACUCCCAGCCGUCUCAUUACCAGCAGCAGCAACCUUUAUAUCAGCAGCAGGUUUCUCCUUACCAGACCCAGUCAGCAUUCCAAACUGUGGCAACCAUGUCUUUCACGCCACAGGCUCAGCCUCCACCAACCCCACAGCCUUCCUACCUUUCCUCACAGCUAAUGGUGAUCCCACAGAAAACAAGGCAGGCUUCGUUAUAUCUGGAGCCUAAGAUAACAACGAACUAUGACGUGAUUCGCAACCAGCCUCUCAUGAUAGCCCCUGCAUCUUCUGACAACACAUAUGUCGUGUCCCAUUUGGGUAGUAAAUACAGUACCUUGGACUUAAGGAUGGGGCUCGAUGAGAGGAGCAGCAUGGCCAGUAGUCCCAUCUCGAGCAUAUCUGGUGACUCCUUCUAUGCAGAUAUUGACCACCAUGCGCCACGUAAUUAUGUGCUGAUUGAUGAUAUUGGAGACCUCACUAAAGGGACAUCAGCUCUGAGCUCUGCUUAUGGUCUACAUGAGAAGGAUCUGACCAAAACUGAUCGGCUGCUUCGAACUACUGAGGCGCGAAGAGUGCAAGAAGUCUCGGAUUUCCUCGCACCGCUGCAGACUUCUUCUCGGUUGCACAGCUACAUGAAAACUGAUGACGAUCCCAUGGAAGACCCUUAUGAACUGAAGCUGCUGAAGCAUCAGAUCAAGCAGGAGUUCCGAAGGGGGGCUGAAAGCUUGGAUCACCUGGCAGGCCUUUCACAGUAUUACCAUGCAGAUACUAGCUACAGACAUUUCCCCAAAUCUGAGAAAUAUAGCAUAAGCAGGCUUACCUUAGAGAAGCAAGCUGCCAAACAGCUUCCAGCCGCCCUUCUUUACCAGAAGCAGUCAAAGCAUAAGAAGGCCUUGAUUGACCCCAAAUUAUCUAAAUUUUCGCCCAUUCAGGAAAGCAGGGACCUUGAGCUUGAUUAUUCAACCUACUUGACUUCAAGCACAUCAUCUCUUGGCGGCAUUGCUUCCAGAGCAAGGCUCCUCCAAGAUGAUAUAACGUUUGGCCUUCGAAAAAAUAUCACAGACCAGCAGAAGUAUAUGGGGCCAAAUCUCUCACAUUCUCUUGGCACAAGCCUUGGGGCUGCACUGAGUACAACAAUGAGAUCCACACUACAUGAUGACUCUGACAAAUCUUACAGCAGUGGCAGUAGAUCCAGACCUUCUUCCCGACCGUCAUCCGUCUAUGGGCUUGAUUUAUCGCUAAAAAGAGAUUCUUCAAGCUCAUCUUUAAGACUGAAGGCCCAAGAGGCUGAACCCCUAGACGUUUCCUUCAGUCACGCAGCCCCCUCUGGAAGAACUAAACCCACGAGUCUACCCAUAAGUCAGAGCAGGGGCCGAAUCCCAAUAGUAGCGCAGAAUUCAGAAGAAGAGAGUCCCUUAAGUCCUGUGGGUCAGCCAAUGGGAAUGGCAAGAGCAGCAGCCGGGCCAUUGCCACCUAUAUCCGCAGACACUAGGGACCAGUUUGGAUCAAGCCAUUCAUUGCCCGAAGUCCAGCAGCAUAUGAGGGAAGAAUCACGAGCUCGAGGCUAUGACCGGGAUAUAGCCUUCAUCAUGGACGACUUCCAGCACGCCAUGUCAGACAGUGAAGCCUACCACCUGCGCCGGGAAGAAACGGAUUGGUUCGACAAGCCCCGGGAGUCUCGUUUGGAGAACGGACACGGUUUUGACCGAAGACUACCAGACAAGCUAGCUCACUCGAGGCCACCAAGUCAGCAUCAAGACCAAAUUAUUGGGAAGCCUAUUCAAUACAUCUUUCCCCAUGCAAGGCUGAAAUUGCCGAGGGACCCAAAGGACCACUCUGUUUCAGGCAAUGGACUUGGGAUCCGAGUUGUAGGAGGGAAAGAAAUUCCUGGAAUCAAUGGAGAAAUUGGUGCUUACAUUGCUAAGAUCCUGCCUGGUGGAAGUGCUGAGCAAACAGGGAAACUUGUAGAAGGGAUGCAGGUCCUGGAAUGGAAUGGCAUUCCCUUGACGGCCAAAACAUAUGAAGAAGUCCAGAGUAUCAUCAGUCAGCAGAGUGGGGAAGCAGAAAUAUGUGUAAGACUGGAUCUCAACAUGAUGUCGGAUGCCGAGAAUCCACAACAUCUGGAUUUGCUUGAGCCAGGAAAGACUGUGGAUAAAACAAAGUCGCCCGGGGUGGACCCAAAGCAACUGGCUGCAGAGCUGCAAAAGGUUUCCCUGCAACAGGCUCCCUUGAUGGCCUCCUCCGCAAUGGAGAAGAGCUCCCAUGCUCAUUCUGGGACUACGUCAGCCAACUCAAGUUCUGUUCCUAGCCCUGGUCAGCCUGGUUCUCCUUCAGUCAGCAAGAAACGGCACAGUAGCAAGCCCACGGAAGGUACAAAGUCUGGUUCCCAUCCAAUUACUGGAGAAAUUCAGCUUCAAAUCAACUAUGACAAGCACCUUGGCAAUUUGAUAAUUCACAUUCUUCAAGCAAGAAACCUUGUUCCCCGUGACAACAACGGCUAUUCGGACCCGUUUGUCAAAGUUUAUCUUCUGCCAGGAAGAGGCCAAGUCAUGGUAGUCCAGAAUGCAAGUGUCGAGAACAAGAGGAGGACUAAAUAUGUGCAGAAAAGCUUGAAUCCCGAAUGGAACCAGACAGUCAUUUAUAAAAAUAUAUCCAUGGAGCAGCUAAAGAAGAAGACCCUGGAAGUUACUGUCUGGGACUAUGAUAGAUUCUCCUCCAACGACUUCCUGGGUGAGGUAUUAAUUGAGCUUUCUAGUGCCUCUCAGUUGGACAAUACUCCUCGGUGGUACACUCUGAAGGAGCAGAGUGAAAGCAUUGACCAUGGAAAAUCCCACUCUGGACAGAACAGCCAGCAGUCCCCCAAACCGUCUGUCAUCAAAAGCAGAAGUCACGGGAUUUUCCCUGACCCAUCAAAGGAUAUGCAGGUGCCCACCAUUGAGAAGUCCCACAGCAGUCCAGGAAGCUCCAAAUCUUCCUCUGAAGGACACCUGCGCUCUCAUGGGCCUUCGCGGAGCCAAAGCAAAACCAGCGUCACUCAAACGCACCUUGAAGAUGCUGGGGCAGCCAUCGCCGCUGCUGAAGCAGCUGUCCAACAGCUCCGCCUUCAACCAACAGCACAUAAAAGCGGUCAGUCUAACCAUACAAGGAAGCAGCACAGACACAGCAUAGCAGGAGUCCUCCCCAUUCAAAGAACUCAGUCUGACAAUCUGCCUUCACCAGCCAGUGACAACAAAGACCAAAGCCAACUAGCCCUCAGGAAAGUGAUGUCUGAUGGACCGGCCAAGCCUGAAGGAGCAAGACCUACGAACCACCGACCGGGAGAAAGUUCAGUCUCCUCCACUGGUUCUUCAGCCAGUACCUUUGGCAGCGGAUACAGCAUGGACAGCGAAGGGAGCAGCAGCAGUACCACCACUGCGGACACCAAUCUCUUUCCCAUUCCAAGAAUAGGAAAGAUGAGCCAGAAUGGGCCAGAACCAGUGAAGCAAACAGGAAUGGGAUUAAUGGAGGCUGAAGGUAAAACCCAGGUGAUGGGCGAAAUCAAGAUUGCUUUAAAGAAGGAAAUGAAGACUGAUGGGGAACAGCUGAUAGUUGAGAUCCUUCAGUGCAGAAAUAUCACCUACAAGUUUAAAUCUCCAGAUCACUUACCAGAUCUGUAUGUGAAGCUGUACGUUGUCAACCUUGCAACUCAAAAGAGAGUAAUUAAGAAGAAAACAAGAGUAUGCAGGCAUGACCGAGAACCUUCAUUCAAUGAAACAUUUCGAUUCAGUUUGAGUCCCACUGGGCAUUCUCUCCAGAUACUGCUUGUUUCCAAUGGAGGAAAGUUUAUGAAGAAGACCUUGAUUGGUGAGGCAUAUAUCUGGCUUGACAAAGUGGACCUCAGGAAAAGAAUAGUAAACUGGCACAAACUUUUGGUCAGCUCAACACAAACACAUUGAGGAAAGAUUUCUUCUUGGGCCAUCAGGCCUUGGCAAAGUCUGCUUGUAGGAUUCCAAGACUCUACUUUGAUAUUGUGUUUAGCUAGGCUUUCAGAAUAUGAAGUAGGAGGAGAAAGUUCUGGGCUAUUUAGCACACUUUCAUGAGGGCUAGUCAACUUGUUUUGCUGUGUUUUUUAAAAACAAAUCAGCAGAGCUUAAUAAACCAACCACCCUAAGCCCAGAAAUUAAAAUGAGUCUGCUUGAAAAAGGAGACUUGUGUGAGGAGGGUUCUGUGAUGUUAGAAUCUGAAGAGGAAUAAUAACACCAUGCAGUUGAAGGCAGGUGUUAAUGCAGAGAAUUUGGCUGCAGCUGGAGGCAGAAUAUUUCUGCGAGAGCAAUCUGGCUCACGGUGCAAUUUCCUAAGAGAUCAUGAUAUGCAAAAGUACCUGAAGCAACUGCCUUUCCAGUUCUCCCUUAUCUGAAGGCUUAUCUGAAGAUCCAUGGUCUUAAUGUAAGAAUAUAUUUGCUGUGGUGAGAUGAUGCCCCAGGAGGCAAAUGGUGGGGUAAUUAGUUUUUAAUUUAAAUGGUGGCAAUGUUUCUCUUUCAUAUUAUUUUUUUUCUCUUUGCUAAUUAUAUGCUUUCGCGUUUAAAUUGAGAAUAGUAAUCUCUGUCUUUUCCCAUGUUAGUCUUGGAGAAUUACCAUCUCAGACUGUAAAGUACAGAAAGCACAAGAAUAGUUGUCAUUUUGGAAAGAGUAAAGGGGGCAGUUGGAGCCGUAUCAGGAAAAGAGAAAUUGCUUUUAUGGUGUAGAAGAGAUUGCGAUUCAGCCUACUGUGAACGACUGUUUUCCGUAGUUUUGCUAAAAUGGCGUUGGUUCUAAGGGCUUUUGGGCACUGAGGUGAAUAUUGUGGCUUCACUAUCUGUUUGUCUUGCCUUUGUGAACUUCAAGGAGUCACUGCUUACAACUGUAUGAAAUAGUCCACAUGUUAGAACAAGUGAUGCUGUUUAUGUGACCGUGUGCUACAGGCUCCUUCUCAUCUGCAUGAAGUUGCAAACAUUCUGCUCACAAAGCGUUGAAGGAGAUCAUUGAAAGACAGACUUUGGAUUGUAAGGUCAAAUACUGCAUAUAAAAUGAAUAUCCAUUCCUAACUUGGCAGCAUUCAUUGCCGUGAGCUACAAGCUUUCUUAAAGGCAUGGAACAUGAAACUGCAUUGGUGGCUUC